CGACGAAUGUGUUCAAGCCGCUCGCUGCGAUCACGAUAGUUUUAUUAAGUGUUCGUGACAUUGUACAUUUAGAUUUCCUAGUUCCCGUUAGUUAGGUUAAAACAAACUUUACGUGUAUAUUUUUAUCACAUGUUACAUUAGGUAUCGAAAAAUUGGUGUAAAAAUGCAGAUUUGUAAUAACGAGCCUACGUAUUGUAGGCAAAAGCGUAUGCUAACGAAUACGGUUCCUGACUCGAUGAAACCGAUUCGAUAUUAUUGGAAAUCAAAUGUGCCUAUGGAAAAUGAGACGACGUAUCGGCUCUCCUAUUGGGAGUGUCCUCAAAGUACCAUGGAUCCGAUUCUACCACGAAAUAGUUUAAUUACCGGCGACGGUGAAAUAACGGACGAAACAACGUAUAACGGCAGUUACCUCGGCAAUUGGUGCAUACAGCCAGAUGCUUCUAUCAGGCCGUGCGAGAAGCAAUGGCUCGGCAGAGGUCCCAUUCAGGACGUGACUACUCAGAAACACGACUACUCGUGGAAAUGUAUUCAACCGGUCGCGCCGAUCUUACCUCAGCCGAACCUGUAUCCCUAUCCGGAUGCAUUAUCUGAUAAUACAACGUACAACCUAAGUUACUAUCAAUCGGGUUGCAAUCUGCCCGCGAUAUCUUACGCUCCUAUAAGGAAAUACGUUAAAUCGGACAUUCCGAUAGAAGACUGUACAACGUACAAGCUCAGUUACUGGCCAAACGAAGCCCCCCCGAAAGAAAAACCAUGGUGUCCCGAACUAAAAUAUACGCCUCCUGUGAACCCCAUGGACGGCUGCACAACUCAUAAAUUGAGCUUCUGGCCGCAUUCGGAUCAAAGACGAUCGCCCAUUGUAAAUCCGGAGAACGACAAUUUAUUGAAUGCCGGGUGUUGCUCCGACAACAAUACCACAUACCGUCUCAGUUAUUACGGCUCGGAAGGCGAUAAGCAAACGCCGAUUCGACAUCCGGAAAACGUUCUGUUCCCAUCGUGUCCCUUGUCGUACGACACGAUUCACCGGAUGAGUUUCUUAGGAAACUGGUGCGCGAAACCGGAAACGUCGAUAACACCGUGCAGCAAGCAAAUGUUAGGCAGAGGACCCAUGCAGGAUGUAACUACCCAAAAGCACGACUUCACGUGGAAGUGCAUACCAACAAAUUCAGAAAUUCGUCCCGAGGAUAAUCUUAUCUGUCCAGCCAUAGCUUUGGAAGGUUGCACCACUCACAAACUUUCGUAUCUGUGCAACAGCGGCCGAGAGAUGACACCGAUACAAAAUUACGCACCCAUACGCCGGUAUUGCUCCCCGAGCAUCCCUAUGGAAGCGGAAACCACUAUGCAACUGAGUUACCAACCCGUAGACGUUCCAGACAAUGUCCCGAAACCAUGGGGCGAGAAGCAACCUUAUUGUCCUCCCGUUACACCAAUGGAGAACAAUACCACAUACAACACCAGGUUUUACUCAGUUCUGUUCUUUACCUUUCAAGGCGUCGAAUAUCGAACAAUUUCCAUUUUCUAUUUUUGCUGCAGCUUUUUUUAUAAAAAUUUAACCUUCACGAUGAAUGAAAAGGACAGCGUUGGUGAGAGUUUGAUCUCGAUGAUCUGUCAGAUUGUCUUCACUGCUCUUCAGCAAGUGGUAUCGAUGACGAAAGUGAUAGCAGUAAUGUAA